CUAAAGUAAUUAUUUACAAAAGAAAAAUUUCGUAGAAAGUUAUAUAUCUAUAAAAAAAGUAUCGGUUAUGAAAAUUAAUUUAAUUUGUUUUCAAUUAUUUGAAUCUGUAUGCACAUCUCUACAUAUAUGUAUAUGACAACGAUGUAACAUACAGUAACAAAGAAUCGAUUAUAUUUAUUCCUUGGAACUGAGAAGUAAAGUUUAUAUGUGUCAUAUUGACUUGUUUCUUUAAUAUAAAUAGUUCAUAAAGAUUGCAAGCAUGGAUUAUGAUGAUUUCUUCUUCGAAGAAGAUAAGAUUCUAGUGGAUCAAACAGUACUAUCUACAAGUAAUAUAACUGUAACAAAUAUUGUCGAUGAAUCUAAAGAAAGUUUUGUUCCAUUAACCACCGUGCCAUCAGCUAAUGUGCAAUUGCAUCAAUUUACUACAAUGGAAGAUCGCAUACCAGAUGUAGAACUGGUCAGUCAAGAUCAGUCUCUUCAUCAUCUACCCAAUAAUACGGGUAUGACCAUAACUUCUGGAAAUAUUGUAAUACAAAAAGAUAGCAGUAAUCUUAUUGGCAUAAGUAUUGGAGGCGGAGCACCAUUAUGCCCCUGCUUGUAUAUUGUACAAAUUUUUGACUAUUCACCUGCUGCUAUAGAUGGUACUUUACAAUCAGGAGAUGAACUUGUAGCAGUAAAUGGAGUAUCAGUUAAAGGAAAGACAAAAGUAGAAGUUGCAAAAAUGAUACAAUCUUGUGAUUCUCAAGUCAGUAUUAAUUAUAAUAAAUUACAUGCCGAUCCUAAACAAGGUCGUACUCUUGAUAUAGCUUUGAAAAAGGUAAAACAUAGAUUAAUUGAAGGAAUGGGAAGUGCAACAGCAGAUGCACUUGGAUUAUCACGUGCCAUUCUUUGUAACGAUGCACUCGUACAACGAUUAAUGGCAUUGCAGCGCACAGAAAAUUUGUAUAGAGGUUUAGUUUCCCAUGCUAAUGCUACUUUACAUAGUUUUUUUGAUUUAAUACAAAUAUACAAAGUAUUUGGUGAUGCCUUUGCUGCAAUAGGAGUAAGAGAACCACAACCACGAGCUAGUGAAGCUUUCAGACAAUUUGGUGAACAACAUAGACAAAUGGAAAAAUAUGGAAUAACAAUUUUAAAAAAUUUGAAACCUAUAUUAAAUGAUUUAGGCACAUAUCUUCACAAAGCUAUUCCAGAUACUCGAUUAACCAUAAGCAAAUAUGCUGAUGCAAAAUUUGAAUAUCUUUCUUAUUGUCUGAAAAUAAAAGAAAUGGAUGAUGAGGAACAAAGUUACGCAUCAAUACAAGAACCUUUUUAUCGAGUGGAAACAGGCAAUUAUGAAUAUCGUCUAAUCUUAAGAUGUCGACAAGAAGCUCGUGCAAAAUUUGGUAAACUUAGAUCAGAUGUACUUGUAAAACUCGAAUUAUUAGACAAUAAACAUGUUCAAGAUGUCGUAUGGCAAUUGCAAAAAUUUGCAGCUGGUUUAGCAAAAUAUUAUACUAAUACACGAGAUUUAUUAUCCUCUGCAAUGUUAUUUCCUGUUGAAGUUGAUUUAUCACAUUCUGCAUUCCAAUAUAAAUCUACUGGUCCUCAAGUAAUAACUGAUGGAGAGGAUGUAGAUGAAUUUGAACCUGAAGAAAAAGCAAAUAUAAAUGAAGAUUUACUUAUAGAUACACAAAACUUUCCACUAAUAACAUCAGAAUCUAACAAUAUGUAGCAAUGUGCUUCUUGCUUUCAAAGAAUUUUAUGAACUAUUACGAUAUUUUAUUAAUAUUUAAAUAUGAAUGAUAUUAUAUAUACAGUGAGCCUUUUCUAGUGUAACAUACUUUUACUACUUUUAAUGGAAUUCUGCUCUAGUUUCAUUCUUUUUCAUAAUACAAAAAACGAAACCAAAGAUUAUUAUUUAAAAAGAACCAUAUAAUUCUAACAAAUCUGUAUAAAAGAAAUAUAUAUAUAUAUUGUAUUAUAUAUUUUUUUUUCUUUUUUUGUUUCUUUUGCUAUUUUAAAAAUAUUUAAAUUUUAUUAAAAUUGUCUUCAUACAUAAGUAUUCAUUGUAAGGUAUAAAAAUGUAUUUGUUACAUUCUAAACUAUUAUAAUAAAUGUAUAUUCUAUGUCAAA